GGGCGCACACGGUGCCGCGGGGCGGGCGGCGGAGCCCGGCGGGCUCGCGGGGCGGGAGCGGCGGCGGGCGGCGCGUCCCGGGCUCUGCCUCCCGGGCACUUGCCUGGGUCCUGCGCGCUCCUGGCAUCCGCCCUGCCGCUGACACACGGUAGCGGGGACGCCCGACGCCUCUAGCGACAGGCGCGUCCCAGAGGGACGCCGCACUUGGGGACUCCGGCGCGACUGGCCAGACGAGGAGAGGAAACAUUCAAACUGGAUUUUUAAAUCAUUUUAAAUCAGUGAUGGAUCAGAAGUUGCAGAAUGCAAUCUCAAAUAAAAGUCUUCGAAAGAAUUGCUUCAAAUAACAGGAAAGAAAAUUGAUCUACCACUUUAAAAUCCUUGUCUAGAAAAACAUAUUGCACAUAAUAGGAAAUUAUAACUGGGGAAAUUUAUUUGGCUCUUAAUAUACCUGAAUGAAAGGAAUUGUCACUUUGUUUCUCAGAAGACUUGUAUAUCUGAGAUUAUUUUAAUAAUCAGUCAUUUUAUAAAAAUCUUGACAUGAUCACCAGGGAGGAGAAACAGAGCAAUAGCUAAAACCUGUGUGUUGGUCAAGAUGACUUCUGAAGAAAUGGCAGCUUCUGUUCUCAUACCUGUGACUCAGAGAAAAGUGAUAUCUGCUCAGGGGACCGUAGAUGAAAGUAGUGAAAAGGUCUCAGACAUCAGUGUUCCAAAGGCGCAUUCUGUCAGGCAGAGCGGGCCGACUUCUCAUACCAUCUCACAACUGAACACACUUAAAGAAGACUCUUCUGGAAGCAACUUGCCCAAGAUUCUCUCAAUAGCAAGGGAGAAAAUAAUGAGUGAUGAGAACAGUAAUGAAAAGUGCUGGGAGAAAACCAUGCCAGAUUCUGUGAAAAACCUUAACAUUAACUGCAACAACAUGUUGAAAAACCAUCAGCAUGGCCUUCCUCAGAGCCAGUUUUAUGAAACUUGUGAUUCUGUCACAGAGGAAGGCUUGUGUUUGGAAACUGGAAUCCCUUCUUCACUGGAAAGAAAGGUGAUCCCUGGAAUUCAACUGGAAAUAGACGGACCUCCCAUGGGCAUUAGUCCCUUAGGAAACCAAUCGGUGAUCAUGCAGACCAGCAGGGCACACCCUGACAGCAACAUGGCAGUAUUUCACUUUCAUUAUGAAGUUGACAGAAGAAUGUCAGACACUUUCUGUACCCUAUCUGAUAACUUGAUUUUGGAUGAUUGUGGAAACUGUGUACCGCUGCCUGAUGUUGGUGGAGAGCAAAAGAAAAAUUACAUGGCGUACACUUGUAAACUGAUGGAAUUGGCAAAAAACUGUGAUAAUAAGAAUGGGCAGCUGCAGUGUGAUCAUCGUGACACCUUAAAUGACAAAUACCUGUGCUUUGAAGAUUCUAGCCAGAAGGCCAAUGUGGUAUGUUCUAGUGACAGCUUUUACAGGGAGGAUUUUACUGACAGUCCUCCUGCCAAGACUUUUCUGAGCCAUUUUGAGGACUUUCCUGAUAAUUGUGAAGAUGCAGAAGAAGAUUUUUUCAAAAACAAAAAGGAGCGGUCCACUUUGUUAGUGAGGAGAUUUUGUAAAAAUGACAGGGAAGUUAAGAAAUCUGUGUACACCGGGACAAGGGCAAUUGUGAGAACUCUGCCUUCUGGUCACAUUGGGCUGGGAGCUUGGAGUUACAUUGAUCAAAAGAGAAAUGGUCUCUUAAUGCCUUGUGGGAGAGUAAUGGAACGGCUGUCAACAGUGGUGACUGGGCAAGAUGGGAGCCGAUGUCUGUCACAAACCCAGUGGUAUCCGAUCUACAAUGCAGUGAGAAGGGGACAAGAAACAGAAGAUACAAUUGGAUCUCUUCUCCAUUUCUUCACAAAGCUCCCAGCCUCUGAGAGAGCCGAUGAAAGGAUUAGCAUUGGUCCAUGCUUAAAGCAAUGUGUCCAAGACACUGUCUGUGAAUAUCGUGCCACCCUCCAAAGGACUUCCAUAUCUCAGUACAUCACCGGUUCUCUCCUAGAAGCAACCACAUCUUUAGGAGCAAGAAGUGGCCUUCUCAAUACUUUUGGAGGAUCCACUGGACGAAUGAUGCUGAAAGAACGCCAACCGGGCACCUCUAUGGCCAAUUCUAGUGCCCUCCCUUCAAGUUCAGCUGGGAUCAGCAAGGAACUGAUUGAUCUGCAGCCCCUCAUCCAGUUCCCAGAGGAGGUCGCCAGCAUCCUGAUGGAGCAGGAGCAGAAUAUUUACCGGAAGGUCUUGCCAGUUGACUAUCUUUGCUUCUUGACCCGGGACUUGGGCACUCCGGAAUGCCAGAGGUCCCUGCCCUGCCUCAGAGCGUCCAUCUCAGCAUCGAUUCUUACCUCCCAGAAUGGAGAGCACAAUGCCCUUGAAGAUCUUGUGAUGAGAUUUAAUGAGGUGAGCUCCUGGGUGACGUGGGUAAUCCUCACAGCGGGCUCCAUGGAGGAGAAGCGGGAAGUCUUCUCGUAUUUGGUGCACGUGGCCAAAUGCUGCUGGAACAUGGGCAACUACAACGCCGUCAUGGAGUUCUUGGCCGGCCUCCGGUCGAGAAAAGUUUUAAAAAUGUGGCAGUUUAUGGACCAGUCUGACCUGGAGACCAUGAGGAGCCUGAAGGAUGCCAUGGCUCAGCACGAAUCUUCCUGUGAGUACAGGAAGGUGGUGACGCGGGCGCUGCACAUCCCUGGCUGUAAGGUGGUUCCGUUCUGUGGGGUGUUUCUGAAGGAGCUCUGUGAAGCACUGGACGGAGCCUCCGGCCUCAUGAAGCUUUGCCCGAGGUACAAUUCCCAAGAAGAAACUCUAGAGUUUGUAGCCGAUUACAGUGGACAAGAUAAUUUCUUACAACGUGUGGGACAAAAUGGCUUAAAGAAUUCAGAGAAGGAGUCCACUGUCAACAGCAUCUUUCAGAUCAUCAGGAGCUGCAGUCGAAGUCUGGAGACCGAGGAGGAGGACAGCCCCAUUGAAGGGAGCAGCUCUAGGAAAAAUUCCUUGAAGGAUAAAGCCAGAUGGCAGUUUAUAAUUGGAGAUUUGCUGGAUUCUGAAAAUGACAUCUUUGAGCAGCCCAAAGAAUGGGACCCUCAUGGAUCAGAAGAGCCACAGAAGGCCUUUGACCAUGGGACAGAGCUCAUCCCGUGGUACGUGCUGUCCAUCCAAGCUGAUGUGCACCAGUUCCUGCUGCAGGGGGCCACGGUCAUCCACUAUGACCAGGACACGCACCUCUCUGCCCGCUGCUUCCUCCAGCUUCAGCCUGACAAUAGCACGUUGACCUGGACGAAGCCCACUACUGCCUCCCCAGCCAGUGCUAAAGCAAAACUUGGUGUACUUAGUAACACGUCCGAGCCUGGCAAAUUCCCAUUACUGGGCAAUGCUGGAUUAAGUGGCCUGGUGGAGGGGGUCUUGGAUCUGUUUUCAGCAAAGGCUGUGUACAUGGGACACCCUAGCAUUGAUAUACACACUGUGUGUGUUCAGAACAAACUGAGUAGCAUGCUUCUCUCAGAGACUGGUGUAACACUGCUCUAUGGGCUUCAGACCACGGACAAUAGAUUAUUGCACUUUGUGGCACCAAAGCACACAGCUAAAAUGCUCUUCAGCGGAUUGUUGGAACUCACAAAAGCUGUGAGAAAGAUGAGGAAGUUCCCUGACCAAAGACAGCAGUGGCUGCGGAAACAAUACGUCAGCCUCUAUCAGGAAGAUGGACGGUAUGAAGGCCCAACUUUGGCUCACGCUGUGGAGUUGUUUGGUGGCAGACGAUGGAGUACUCGAAACCCCAGCCCUGGGACAUCAGCAAAGAGUGCUGAGAAGCCCAGUGUGCAGAGAAACAACACCUUGGGCAUAAGCACCACCAAGAAAAAGAAGAAAAUCCUCAUGAGGGGUGAGAGUGGAGAGGUAACCGACGACGAGAUGGCCACACGAAAGGCCAAAACGCAGAAAGAGUGUCGCAGCCGGAGUGGUUCUGACCCUCAAGAUGUUAAUGAACAAGAAGAGUCGGAGGCAAAUGCCAUCACAAGCCCUCCUAACCCUCUCCCUUCCAGAAGAGCCCACUCUUUGACCACGGCUGGGUCCCCUAACUUGGCUGCCGGGACAUCAUCUCCCAUCAGGCCAGUGUCUUCCCCUGUGCUGUCUUCUUCAAACAAGAGCCCGUCCAGUGCUUGGAGCAGCAGCAGCUGGCAUGGGCGGAUCAAAGGAGGAAUGAAGGGCUUUCAGAGCUUCAUGGUUUCAGACAGUAACAUGAGUUUCGUUGAAUUUGUUGAGCUGUUCAAAUCAUUCAGUGUAAGGAGCCGCAAGGACCUGAAGGAUCUCUUUGAUGUCUACGCUGUGCCGUGCAACCGAGCUGGCUCUGAGUCGGCCCCACUCUACACCAACCUCACAAUUGACGAAAACACCAGUGGUCUUCAGCCUGACCUAGAUUUGUUGACCAGAAAUGUCUCGGAUUUGGGGUUGUUCAUUAAGAGUAAACAACAGCUGUCAGACAACCAGAGGCAGAUAUCUGAUGCCAUUGCUGCUGCAAGUAUCGUGACGAAUGGCACUGGGAUCGAGAGCACAUCCCUGGGCAUAUUUGGGGUUGGCAUACUCCAGCUCAAUGACUUCCUUGUGAAUUGCCAAGGAGAACAUUGCACAUAUGAUGAAAUCCUCAGCAUCAUCCAGAAGUUUGAGCCCAGCGUUAGUAUGUGUCAUCAGGGCCUAAUGUCGUUUGAAGGAUUUGCAAGGUUUCUGAUGGAUAAAGAUAAUUUUGCCUCGAAAAAUGAUGAGUCGCAGGAGAACAUUAAAGAAUUGCAGCUGCCUCUCUCUUACUAUUACAUCGAAUCUUCCCACAAUACCUACCUCACAGGCCAUCAGCUCAAAGGAGAAUCCUCAGUAGAACUCUACAGCCAGGUCCUCCUGCAAGGCUGUAGGAGCAUAGAGUUGGACUGCUGGGAUGGAGAUGAUGGGAUGCCCAUCAUUUAUCAUGGACAUACACUGACAACCAAGAUCCCCUUCAAGGAGGUGGUUGAAGCCAUUGAUCGAAGUGCCUUCAUCAACUCUGACCUGCCAAUCAUCAUAUCGAUUGAGAACCACUGUUCAUUGCCUCAGCAACGAAAAAUGGCAGAAAUUUUCAAGACCGUGCUUGGAGAAAAACUGGUGGCUAAAUUCUUAUUUGAGAGUGAUUUCUCAGAUGAUCCAAUGCUUCCCUCACCUGACCAACUUAGAAGAAAAGUGCUUCUUAAAAAUAAGAAGCUAAAAGCCCAUCAGACGCCAGUGGAUAUCUUAAAGCAAAAGGCUCAUCAGUUAGCAUCCAUGCAAGCCCAAGCUUAUAAUGGUGCGAAUGCCAACCCUCCACCUACUAAUAACGAGGAAGAGGAAGAUGAAGAGGAUGAAUAUGAUUAUGACUAUGAAUCCCUCUCUGAUGACAACAUUCUGGAAGACAGACCUGAAAAUAAAUCAUGUAAUGACAAGCUUCAGUUUGAGUAUAAUGAAGAAAUCCCCAAGAGGAUAAAGAAAGCAGAUAACUCUGUUUGCAACAAAGGAAAGGUUUAUGACAUGGAACUGGGAGAAGAAUUUUAUCUUCCUCAGAAUAAAAAGGAAAGCAGACAGAUUGCACCAGAGCUCUCUGACCUCGUCAUCUAUUGCCAAGCAGUAAAAUUUCCAGGCCUGUCAACUCUAAAUGCAUCUGGCUCUAGCAGAGGAAAAGAAAGGAAAAGCAGGAAGUCCAUUUUUGGCAACAAUCCGGGCAGAAUGAGCCCUGGGGAGACAGCAUCACUUAACAAAACAUCUGGAAAAAGUUCCUAUGAAGGAAUGCGACAGGCCUGGGAGGAAUCUUCUUCCUCCCUCAACCCAACCACGUCCCUCAGCGCUAUCAUUAGAACUCCCAAAUGUUACCAUAUCUCAUCGCUGAAUGAAAAUGCCGCCAAACGUCUGUGCCGCAGGUAUUCUCAGAAACUGAUCCAGCACACCGCCUGCCAGCUGCUGAGGACUUACCCGGCUGCCACUCGCAUCGACUCCUCCAACCCCAACCCCCUCAUGUUCUGGCUCCAUGGGAUACAGCUCGUGGCUCUCAACUACCAGACAGAUGAUCUCCCUUUGCAUUUAAAUGCUGCCAUGUUUGAGGCCAAUGGUGGCUGUGGUUAUGUUUUGAAACCCCCAGUUCUGUGGGACAAGAACUGUCCUAUGUAUCAGAAGUUUUCUCCCUUGGAAAGAGACCUGGACAACAUGGAGCCUGCUGUCUAUUCUUUAACUAUUGUCUCUGGUCAAAACGUGUGCCCGAGUAACAGCACGGGAAGCCCGUGCAUUGAAGUGGACGUCCUUGGCAUGCCCCUGGACAGCUGCCAUUUCCGCACGAAGCCCAUCCAUCGAAAUACCCUGAACCCCAUGUGGAACGAACAGUUUCUCUUCCGAGUUCACUUUGAAGAUCUCGUAUUUCUCCGUUUUGCGGUUGUGGAAAACAACAGCUCGGCGGUAACCGCUCAGAGGGUCAUUCCACUCAAGGCUUUAAAACGAGGAUAUCGACAUCUUCAGCUACGAAACCUCCACAAUGAAGUCUUGGAGAUCUCUAGUUUAUUCAUAAACAGCAGAAGGAUGGAAGAAAACUCCUCUAGCAGUACUCUGCCAGCCUCUUUGAUGUUUAAUACGGAAGAAAGAAAAUGUUUGCAGACUCAUAGAGUCACGGUACAUGGGGUCCCUGGUCCAGAACCCUUUACUGUUUUCUCUAUAAAUGGAGGCACCAAGGCAAAGCAGCUUCUCCAACAAAUUCUGACCAAUGAACAAGACACCAAACCUAUUGCCACAGACUGUUUUUUGAUGGAAGAAAAAUAUUUCAUAUCUAAAGAGAAGAAUGAAUGCAGGAAACAACCAUUCCAGAGAGCCAUUGGUCCAGAAGAAGAGAUCAUGCAGAUUUUAAGCAGCUGGUUUCCAGAAGAGGGAUAUGUUGGCAGGAUUGUCUUGAAAACCCAGCAGGAAAACCUAGAAGAGAAGAACAUUGUUCAAGACGACAAGGAGGUGAUCUUGAGCUCGGAGGAGGAGAGUUUCUUUGUCCAGGUGCAUGACGUUUCUCCAGAGCAACCUCGGACAGUCAUCAAAGCACCUCGUGUCAGCACGGCGCAGGAUGUCAUUCAGCAGACCUUAUGCAAAGCUAAAUAUUCCUAUAGCAUCCUGAGCAACCCCAACCCGAGUGACUAUGUGCUUUUGGAAGAGGUAGUGAAAGACACUACCAACAAGAAGUCUUCUACCCCCAAGUCCUCCCAGCGGGUCCUUUUGGAUCAGGAGUGUGUGUUUCAAGCGCAAAGCAAGUGGAAAGGUGCAGGAAAAUUCAUCCUUAAGCUAAAGGAGCAAGUGCAGGCAUCCCGAGAAGACAAAAGAAAAGGUAUAUCUUUUGCAAGUGAAUUCAAGAAGCUCACCAAGUCAACUAAACAGCCCCGAGGACUCACGUCACCUUCUCAGGUCUUGGCCUCAGAAAGUGUCCAAAGCAAGGAGGAGAAGCCUGUGGGCAGCUUGUCCCCCAGUGACGCGCUAGACUAUCACCAGUGACCAAGGGUGGCACGUUUUACCCAGGUGGUAUCUUUUGGCAGGAAGUUAAAGUCAAGAACGAACAUGGUGGAAACAAAUAUAAUUUCCUUAUUUUCCUUAAACUGGAAACUGAUGACUUCUGAACUGAAGCCUUCUUCUCACAUGAUGUGAGGUCCACAGUGAGGGCAAGCAAAAUGGCACAGGGCUAGCUGCCAACCAAUUUCCUGAUGAACGAAGCAAGGAAGCCCAGGAGACUGCCAUUUUACGAACGUCAACAGUUGGGAAAACCAGUGCUAAGCUAACAAUAAUUGACUUAGAACAAGGGUCAGCAAACUUUGUAAAGGGCCAGAUAGUAAAUAUUUGAGGCUUUAUGGGCCAUAUGGUCUCUAUUGCAACUACUCAACUCAGCCAUUGUAGUGCAACAGAAGCCUUAGACAAUACAUACAUGAACAAGCGUGGCUCUGCUCUAAUAAAACUAUUUACAGACACUGAAAUUGGAAUUUCAUAUAAUUUUCAUGUCACAAAUAAACUCCUCUUUUGAUUUUUUUCAACCACUUAAAAAUUUAAAAACUAUUUUUAGUUCAAGAGCCAGACAAAAACAGGUGGCAGGCUGGAUUUGGCCCAAGGGCCAUAGUUUGCUGACUUGACUUAGAAAGUUGGGAACAAGAGGCACAGAGAUCUGAAAGCAAGCAAGCUAGUUUAGCCAUACAUUUUAUGGCUGAGAAAUGGAAGCUUUUGGGCAUUGCAAAUGUAAAUAUGUCCUGUAAAAUUCAUUAAAAAGUAAUUCAAUUUAGUUUCUAUAUUGUGUACCAUAGUGUACUCUCCUUUACGAUUUCUUUUACAUAUAGAAUAAUAUUGGGGUUUUCUUUAAGUUGAUCUCGUAUAUAUUCACAGGUUAUUCCACUUUUGGUUUUUCACAAAAUGAGUUUAGAAUGAUGUACAAUUUAAUAUCUACUGAGUUGUGACGUCUUAACAAGAAACUUAACCUUUUUUUUAAAAGCAAAAGUAGAUUGAGUUGGUGUUUAAAUUUAUUUAUUUUGCAAAGUUUGUACUGACACUGUACUUAAAUAUUUAUUAUACAUAGCUUUCUUCGUAUUGCUUAUGGAUUAGAAAUAUUCGUGGUUCUAUCUCACUAUUUGAAGACAAAUCUCCUAAAAAAGAAAAUGUAUGCUCUGAAUACCUGAAAUGGACCAGAAUUUCAUGUAAAAAAGCUUCAUUUUCAUUUCUGAUUAACUGAAGAGCUAUUGAUCCAAGUUAUACUUGCCAUUUAAUGUAAAUUAUUUUUAAAACCUUGCUGUAUAACACUAUCAUGUGAGUGUAAAGGAGUCUUCUUAUUCUUUGUAUGAAGCAAAU